UCCGUCAAAACCCGUGCAAGCGUAACCAAAACCCGUGCAAGCGUGGCCAAAACCCGUGCAAGCGUAGCCAAAACCCGUGCACGCGUAUUGUACACAUCGCGCGUGCGAACGGGACUCGCGCGUGGAGGUUAGAACUCACGAGUGAAAAUAUACAUGGCAAGGAGGUCAUUUGUUCACUGAGAGGGAGCAAACUGUGUCUGUGAGCGCACAAUGAUGUGCACAAGUGACAAACCUGCGUGCGCGCGUUGGGCAACGAGCACACGGCAGAGGAAAACAUGCGCGCGGCAGCCUCACUGCGCGCUCGGUGCAGCAGCCUCACUGCGCGUGUGGCAGCCUUUCUGCACGCUUGGUUUCUGAUUCUGCUCGCUCGGCUGUUGGUAGUUUUGUCACUCUGGAGGCGUGGAAGAAUUAAAGGACCAGAAAUUGAGCACUUGAACUUUCAAUUUGAGAGCAGAAUUUCAUAUCAAGAGACCAACUUUUUAAUUUCAGAAUAAGAUUUUAUAUUAUUGCUCUCAAAACUUGUCAUGCUUGCGCUCAAAAUGUCUGCUCUCCUUCAAACUCACUCUGUUCUCCUUCAAAUCUUUGUUUCUGCGCUCAGAUUUAACCUUUUACACUGGUAUUGUCUACUCACGUGACAACUUUUUCUCUGCACGGAUCAAAACUCCUCCCACAAGUCUGUCCUCUGCUCUCACGGAUCUGGUCUGCUCUCGCUCAAAACUUAGAAGUACAAUCUCCUAGCAACCGCUCAGCCAAUAGAAAGACUUUUGGGACUGGGCGGGAACAAACCUCUUUGGGGUGCGCUCGUUUUUGCGCUGUGGAUUUUCCUGUGUGGCUGCCGCAUCUGCGCCUGCGCACUACCAGCCUGCCUAAAACCCGCCGGCUCUGAUCUGGAGCGGGAGUUCCACCUGCACCAGCAAAAUGGACCAGAACCAACAAGAGGCUCAAACUGGUUCCAUCCGAGAAGUUGCGAGAAACCUAAUGGUGUUAUUGAAUGCUCAUCUACAAGCUGAGGGCCCGCCGCAACAAACACAAACUGUGCCACAGCGCACAACACCACCACCUCAACAGACUAUCCCUCGGUCCACAGUUAAUCAAGAAAUGUCAAGGUCCUUCCCUGGACUUUUUUCUCGAAAUUCUGCAAGGGGAAGAAAACGCUUUUUCUCUCCCUCCAGAGUGGUCACCAGCACCAAUGGCAAAAGUGUAACAGUGACUUUUUUUUUACUUCAUCAAAACACAGACAAAACACCCAAGGCAAGUACAGAGUUAACACUCAUACUAGCUGGAAUGGGGAGACGAGCUGUUACAUUUCCUGAGUCUGCUGAUCACACGGAGAUUUCUGGGCUCCUGACCACUCACUAUCCAAAGCUUGAAAGGUUGACAGGGGGAUGGCUACUUUAUAAAGCACUAGGAGGUUCUGGACAGCGCAAGCUUUCACUCAUACCUCCAGAGGCUGAGGGUUACAAUGGCAGCCUUUUGAAAAGUGUAACAGGAGGAGGGAAAAACAUGAUCUACGUGAUUCCUCUUCAAGAAGAACUUGACACAUCACCUCUUCCUCCUGAUGCUUUAGAAUUUCAAAGCAUGCCUAAGGCAUCAUGCAAAGUUUGCAGUGCUACCAUGCCAUUACACGUCUUGGCUGUCCAUGUGAAAUCGUGUGUUGAUCUGAUAUCCUCAGGGGAUGAUUUUGAAACUUCUAAUGAGUUUUCUCCUCCAGAAACCCAUGCUGGUGGAGGUACAACAGUAAUGUUCACACCAACAGCAGAUGAUGCCAAUUUCCCUGGAACACCUACUUCAAAUGAUGACUGCCUCCCUGGAACAUCAGACAGGGCAGAUCUGGCAGCUUGUCCAAUUUGCCAGCAGAAAUAUAAACUGGAUUUUUUACAGAUUCAUGCCAGCUACUGUGGAGACAGUCAUGCGGAAAACUCACCCAGACCAGAAGACGCUCCAGAAUCACUUGGGUGUGGAGUGAAAAAUCUUGCAGAUGUGAUGACAGAAAUAACCAAUGCUGUAUCCAAAGAUGACAUCAGCUUUGAAAUCACAGUGUCUCGACAUAAUAUGCUGGAAAGAGGUAUUGUACAGUGGCAACGGCAAAAAAGAACCUCACCCACAAACCAGCUAAAAGUCACCUUCAUAGGUGAAGCAGGUGUAGAUACAGGAGCCCUCCGCAAGGAAUUUUUGACAGAAAUGAUUGCAGGGAUUGAGAAGCGCUUCUUCUUGCCAGGAAAACAUGGCUGCAUGCCAAAAUAUUCCCUGUCUGAUUUUGAUAAAGGAUAUUUCAGGACUGUUGGAGAAAUUAUGGCUGCCAGUGUGGCUCAAGGUGGACCAUCUCCAAACUUUAUGAUGCCUUGGUGCUAUAAAGUUUUGUGCUCUGGAUCCCCUGACUUUGAAGGCAUGGGGGAAAAUGAUGUGAGCGAUGACCACUUCUCUGAUCUUUUGUCAAAGGUUCAGUCAGCAAAUGAUACAACUCUUCAAGACAUCAUGGAAGAGAUUUUGGACUGUGGGUACACUGGAAUGAUCAGUUUGGAUAAAAAGGAAGAGAUAAUGCGAUCCGUAAUCCUGCAUGCAAAUCUGAGGGUGCUUCCAAUCUUGCAGCAGAUAAGGGAGGGGCUGAGGCUCUAUGGCUUGUCAGAUAUGAUGGAAAGGUAUCCUGAUAUUUGUCAGCCAUUGUUCGUGCCAGGUGUGGAAAUGAAAGCAGAUGCAGACUUUAUCAUUUCUGUCUGCCACGCUGAUUUCAGCGAGAAAGGUUCUAACAAGGAACAGUCAGAGGUCACCUUGAUGAAUCAUCUGCAAGAUUUUCUACAGGAACUCGAGGAAGAAUCCUCACUGAGCGCAGAGAAAGGCACACCGGUCUAUCCAAGAGCCUUUUUGCAGUGGAUAACAGGACAGGCCCAUGUUCCUGUAUUGCAAGAGGAGAGAAGGAAUUUCACAAUUAUCAUCAAGUUCCUUCAUGAGUGUGAAUCAACUUUUGGUCCACACAAGAUCUGCUACCCAUCUGUUGCAGCUUGUAGCAAUACGAUAACCUUCCCUGUUCAACACAUGAGAACAUAUGAGGAAUUUAAAUGUGUCCUGAUGGAAGCAUUCAACAUGGGUCAGGAGUUCUCACGCGUAUGAAAUGCUAAAAGUAAAAGGUUGUUCUCUUCUUUAAAGACAUGUAGCAGCAUAUUCGACUUUUGAAAUGUUCAACAUUUAAUAAAAAUCUGCAUUUGACACCUGUUGCUGGGUUUUGUUGUAUGCUUUCUUUUUUUAAAAGUACAACCCAGAUAAUGUAGAAUAAUACAAAAUAAUAUGAACAUUAACAUCACCAAAAUGUGCUUAUUGUAAAAAAUAUUUAAAUUUUUAUUUGAGGGGUUUCAUAUACUCUGUUUUUUAAGCAUUAGAAGUAAUACAAAAUUAAAUUAAUAGUAACCUUUUACCUAUGUGGAGGCAAUGGUAAUUUGUUUUUGAAAGUAUACAAAGGUGAACUAUUGUCUCAUUAAAAUGGUAAUGGAAUAUUUACUAAAUCUGGAGCUAAAUGGGGACGAGGCCAUAGGCUUGGUCCGUCACAAGCUGUGUUCAGAACAAAAAGGGAGUCAUGGAACGAAAAAACAAUUAUGAAAAGCAAGUCAGGAACACAGGCAACACACUUGUGCUGAGGAGUGUAGUGGGUAAAUUAUGGCAUUAGAAUCCCGCAAAAAAAUCACGCCCACACAAAAGUCAGUCCACGAGUGUGUAUCUAACUCCAUGCGCACAUUGCAAUCAGUAUUGUUCACCGCGAGCGUACAUUAUGCUCCACGGGUGCAUCGAACAUCUCAUGCGCACAAUUCAGUGACCACGGGAGGCGGCUCCACAAUUGCAGGCACAAAACAACACACGCAUGAACUGCAUUGACACCAUAGACGACAAUAUCCUGAUUGGUCGACCGGAGCACUGGGUGGGAAUAUCAGGCUUAGCACUCCAGUGGAUAAAAUCUGUCGGAGAAAUUUUUGUGUAACCCCAGGUUUCCACAGGAGCCGUCAGCAGCACGUUACUGCAGCAGCACGUCUUGCUCGCGUAAGCUGCUGCUUGGCCCUUCCCACGAGACGCGAAGCAGCAGGGGAGCAGCUGUCACCGACCGAGCACGAAGUCACACGAGUGACUUCGUCAGUAAACACAACAACAAGCAGAAGAAAACUACAACAUGGAUCCAAAAUGUUUGUGUUUUAUGUUCUGUCCGUUUUAUAAUCGCCAAUACGGACCUGAAAAACAAAGGAGACCGCUAGCUAGGUGAUAACUUCUCACGGGGCCGCACAGUUAGUAACCUUUUUUAAAGUAAAGCAACCUGAAGG